GGCCUGAGAGGAGACAAGGGUGAUGCUGCAGCUCCUGGAAAAGCUAUUGAGAUGAAGGACAUUGAAGUGAUGUUUGAAGCCUACGGCAUAAGGCUGCCUUUGCUGAAGGCUUUGAUCGACAGACUGCUGCAGGACGGAAUAGAGGAUCUGCUUCGUGUGCUCGGCACCUCCCAGAAAACCACCAAAAACACCGAAAGUCACACCUCCAACGUCAUCGCUGAGUACACUAGUUCAGUGAAGUUUGACCUCACCAGUCAGCCGCUGAAAGAGGACACCAUCGAGGACUCUGAUAUAGAUGGACAUCUUCCAGGCUCUUUGACAUUUGACCCUCUGAAUAAAACCGAAGGGGGUCCAACUUUAUGGACCGUCACCACACUAAACGGAGAGCAAGAGCUCGACAGGACUGAGAACAAGUUAAAGCGGAGAGGGAAGGAGAUAGUAGAUGUGGACGUUGCCAAUGUAUCGUCACUCAAAAUGAAUCUGACUCUUAUCAAUUCUACUUUCAAUUCUACUACGACACAGGAGACGGUUUCAGGGUUACCAGAAACUGUGGCGGAGACUGUUCUCCCCACUCAGGAAGACUCCCUGAAGAAGAACUCGGGACACAAGAAGAAGAAGAACAGGGAACGUGGGAAGACAAGUGAUGAGGACGAGCGAGAAGAAGACGAAGAGGAGUUUUAUAACAGUGAAGAAUACAGUUAUGAAUACGAGGAUGAACUUUCCCCAAAUUACCACUUGGCCUCUCAGGAGAGGAAAGGUCACAGACAGGAGGAACAAUUACCCACACACAGUCCCGCCCAGUUACAAACAUUGCCGGGAACCUCCAGUCAUCCUCUAACAUCCUCCGCAGACGGACACAUAGAUGCACAGGUUUUCUUGACAACCACAGAGCCACAAUCACAAUCCUUGAGUGAUAUAGAAAAGGAUGCAGCGUCACUUCCUACGCCUCCCAUCACAACAGAAGAACCAGACAAGGUGCCUCGAUCCCAAAUCAGGGUGAAGAAAAGCGCCCCCUGGCCCGACUCCAUGGUGUUCAUGCCAGGUGCCCCAGGUGGAAGAAAUCGUUUCAAGGAGGCACAAAAACAUUCGUCCUCUGGAGCUCAAGGUUACAACAGCUGGAAUGUAAGUCUAAGAAGCAAGAAAACUCUGACCUUCAAACACAUACCAGGAGGCAGAGGCAAGAACGGAGGGAGAGGCAGCGAUACAGUCAUACAGAAAAACAAGUUGGAGGAGAGGAACAAGCUGAAGAAGUGGAAGAGUGGGAAAUAG